CAGGACCCGUUCAUUUUGGCGGCUCAAUUUCAACAUGGCUGAGGUGAGCCAAGAUAAUGAGGCUGCGGAAAAGGGGCCCGAACGUUCACCUCCGGAAGCUGUGCCAGGUGACACGACCAUCUCCAGGGUGAAACUCCUCGACACCAUAGUAGACACUUUCCUCCAGAAACUAGUCGCCGACAGAAGCUAUGAGAGAUUCACCAGCUGUUACAAACACUUCCACCAGUUGAACCCUGAGGUGACGCAGUGGAUUUAUGACAAGUUUGUGGCUCAGUUGCAGACAUCCAUCCGGGAGGAAAUCUCAGAAAUCAAAGAGGAGGGGAACCUAGAAGCUGUCCUGAACUCCCUGGAUAAGAUCAUAGAAGAAGGCAAAGACCACGCAGAGCCAGCCUGGCGACCCAGUGGCAUCCCAGAGAAAGACCUGUGCAGUGUCAUGGCACCCUAUUUCCUGAAGCAACAGGAUACCUUGUGCCGACAAGUGCGAAAACAGGAAGCCAAGAACCAGGAACUGGCUGACGCUGUCCUGGCCGGGCGCAGGCAGGUGGAGGAGCUGCAGCAGCAGGUUCAGGCCCUCCAGCAAACAUGGCAGGCUCUACACAGAGAGCAGAGGGAGCUGCUGUCAGUGCUGAGGGCACCUGAGUGAGGAGCCACUGGGCCCAAGCAGAGAGCAGUUGCGGCUCUGUGGUGCGCAUGUGGAGCCAGUCUCCAGGAGAUAACGGAGCCCCCUCCACCGCUCAGGUUCUAGUGGGGUCACACUGCCUUCAGAUUCCUGCCAUCAUCUGCCUGCAAGACUAGGACUCCCACCCUCCGAAUCAGACACCAGUCUUUGUCUCCUGCAGUUGCAGCCAGCACUGCCCAAUGUCCUCCUGAUUCCCCAGCCCUCCCUGGACUGGAUUUGGGUUGUGUUUCUUUCUUCACUGAUUGCUGCCUUGUUUACCAGCUCAUGGUCCCUUGCCAUGUUCUCCCCGACUGAUUGCUGCCUUGCUGGCUAACCCAAGGGCCCUUGCCAUGUUCUCCCCACAUCCGUAAAUAAACUUCCUUUACCAAACUGUAA